AUGCCACGCGAACUAAUAACUAUUCAAACUGGUCAAUGUGGGAACCAAAUUGGUAUGGAAUUUUGGUCCCAACUAUGUGCUGAACAUGGUAUAAGUAAUGAAGGUAUACUAGAAGAUUUUGCUACAGAAGGAAGUGAUCGAAAAGAUGUUUUUUUUUAUCAGGCUGAUGAUGAACAUUAUAUACCAAGAGCUUUGCUACUAGACUUAGAACCAAGGGUCAUCAAUAAUAUUUUAACAUCAUCAUAUGCUAAUCUUUAUAAUCCAGAAAAUAUUUUUGUAUCAAAGGAUGGUGGUGGUGCUGGUAAUAUUUGGGUUUACGGAUAUAAUCAAGCUGAAAAGGUCUGUGAAGAUAUAUUUGAGAUGAUUGAUCGUGAAGCAGAUGGAAGUGAUUCAUUAGAGGGAUUUAUGCUUCUUCAUUCUAUUGCAGGCGGAACUGGUUCUGGAAUGGGAUCAUUUAUUUUGGAACGACUUAAUGAUAGAUAUCCUAAAAAAUUAAUACAAACUUAUUCAGUAUUUCCAAAUAAUGAGGAGGUUUCAGAUGUAGUUGUACAACCAUACAAUAGUAUUUUAACAUUAAGAAGAUUGAGCAACAAUGCAGAUUGCGUGGUUGUAUUAGAUAAUGCUGCAUUGAAUAGAUUAGCAUCAGAUAGGCUUCAUAUACAAAAUCCAACAUUUGCUCAAACAAAUCAUACAACAACAUUAAGAUAUCCUGGUUAUAUGAAUAAUGAUCUUGUUGGGAUAAUUGCUUCUUUAAUCCCUACUCCAAAAUGUCAUUAUCUAAUGACAGCUUACACACCUUUCACUAGUGAUAAUGUUGAAAAGGCAAAAUCUGUGCGUAAAACAACAGUGCUUGAUGUAAUGAGAAGAUUGUUACAACCUAAAAACAAAAUGGUUUCAACAAAUCCAUCAAAAAAAAGUUGCUAUAUAUCUGUUUUAAAUAUUAUUCAAGGUGAAGCUGAUCCUACUGAUGUUCACAAAUCUUUAUUAAGAAUACGUGAACGCCGAUUAGCACAAUUCAUACCAUGGGGACCAGCUAGUAUUCAAGUGGCUUUAACAAAGAAAUCACCAUAUGUUCAAACUUCUCACCGUCUUUUGAAACGUAUUUGUGAUCAGUAUGACCGUUUCAGAAAACGUGGUGCCUUCCUUGAUCAAUAUCGUAAAGAAGAUAUGUUUUCUGAUAAUCUGGAAGAAUUUGAUGUUGCAAGAGGGGUAAUACAAGAUGUAAUAAAUGAGUAUGAGGCUUGUGAAAGUCCAGAUUAUAUUAAUUAUGUAG